UCUAUAUGUAGUGCACUACAUAGAGAGCAAGAAGGCGUUAUAAAGGGAUUGUUAUAGUGCACAUAAGUAGUGCGUAUAGCUGUAUUUGCGAUUAAACCUUAGCUUUAACUUCCUUGUUAUUACCAUAACAUACGGAGAAGCAGAAAACAACCUGCCGUAAGUGAAACGGCGAUGUACCUUUCAAGGCUCGUCAUCCACUUAAAGGGGAGAAGGCUGGGCCACAAAGCCUAAGGCUCCAACACCCUGUGUGUCUCCGUUUUCUACUGUAUACCCAUCUCUCAGUGUGUGAGCGGUGAUGCUGUGCUGGGGCAGUGCGGCUUGCGGUCAGCUGGGUCUCACAGUGUCCGAGGCUGCUGUGUUUGAACCACGGAGCUGCUGCAUGUUCGAUGGCAGAGGGCUGAAAGAGGUUGCAUGCGGCGGGCAGCACUCGCUGUUCCUAAUGCACGAUGGGAGUGUUUACACGUGCGGGUCCAACAGUCACGGACAGCUGGGCCAUGAGAAGCCUGGUGUAAAGCCUGAGCUGGUCGGUGCGCUGGAUGCCCAGAAGAUUGCAGGCGUGGCGUGUGGGCAGGCCCACUCUCUGGCCCUGAAUGAGCAAGGGCAGGUGUUUGCGUGGGGCGCAGGCGAGCGCGGGCAGCUCGGGCUCGGCACUGCAGAGGAAGCUGUCCGAGUUCCACGAUUGAUUAAGAAGUUGUGCGAGUACCGGAUCUCACAGGUCAUGUGUGGCAACCAGCACUGUAUCGCACUUUCUAAAGACGGUCAGCUGUUCACGUGGGGUCAGAACUCGAGCGGUCAGCUGGGACUGGGGAAAGGUGAGCCGAGUUCUCUGUUUCCUCAGCCCCUCAAGUCUCUGUGUGGGAUCCCACUGGCUCAGAUCAGCGCUGGGGGAGACCACAGCUUCGCCCUGUCUCUCUCUGGAGCUGUGUUUGGCUGGGGAAGGAACAGCGCUGGGCAGCUUGGGCUCAAUGAUGAGCAAGAUCGAGAGGUUCCGUGUCAUAUAAAAUUCUUGCGCUCACAGAAAGUGGUGUACAUCAGUUGCGGGGAGGAACACACGGCCGCUCUGACCAAGGAUGGAGGACUGUUUACUUUUGGAAACGGGUCGCGAGGACAGCUAGGACACGACUCCACCAGCAACGAGACUCUGCCACGCAGGGUGUUGGAGCUCAUGGGCACUGAGGUGUCUCAAAUCGCAUGUGGAAGACACCACACGCUGGCGUUUGUUCCCUCCACCGGGUUGGUGUACGCCUUUGGCUGUAACGCUCAGGGCCAACUCGGUUUAGGGAUUAAAGGAAACGCUGCCACCCCUCUGCCGGUCCGAAACAUCCAGCUGCCUUUUCUCAACAACACACAAUCAGAUCAGUGCAGCAUCGGUAGGAUUCACUGCGGAGGCGACCACAGCUUUCUGCUGCUGUCACACGGCAAGAGUUGCCCGGAAGACUUCCGCAUUAUCAACACAUCGAAAAGCAUCUCCCUGAUUAAUAGGGAUAGUCUAAACAGUUGGAGGCUGAAGCUCCUGGACAGCACUGACUCCAGCAUCACAAAGGUUUCUCUAUUGUACAUUAACGACUCAUUUUGCUUCUCUUCUGAUGUCCUCAGUGACAUCAUUCUGCUGUUGUCCUCGACCGCAUGUUGGAACGCCAGCUUCCUGGACCAGAGUGACGACGGACAUUUUAAAACCAACCCCAAAGUCCCUGGAAUCGACCUCAGCUCUGUCAGGCUGCUGUUUGAGAUCCUGAUGAAGCCGGCCUACUCACGUCUGCUGGAGCAGACCACGAAGAGCUUUGAGAGUUUGCUGAUCCCUCAGCUGCCAUGUUCUCCUCCUGACGUUGAGGCCAUGCGCAUUUACCUGAUCCUCUCCGAGUGUCCGGCUCUGCACGACUCCAAAAACUACAUCUCUCUCACCAUCCCGCUCGCCAUGGCCAUCCUACGGCUGGACGCCAACCCCAGCAAAGUGCUCGAUAACUGGUGGUCACUGCUGGACGGUGAGGUCUUCUCCAGGUUGGUGGAGAUGUAUAAGAGCAUCGUGGUGUUCCUGCUUACUGGUGGCAAGGCUCUUCUUAUUCCUGUGUUUGUAGAAAGCUACAUUAGUGCUACACUGAAACUGCUAGAGAAACUACACAAGGUGAACCAGAAAGCCCAUCAUGUGGAGUACAACUGCUUCUACAUCCCCGACAUCACCAGCAUAGUGGACAUCCAGGAAGACUACCUCAAAUGGUUCCUAAGCAAAGCUGAGAUUAAAAUGCGGUCUCCUCCAGUACAGAGUUCAGUUACGUUAUGUGCCUAUCCGUUCAUAUUGAACGCUCAAGCUAAGACAACCAUGUUGCAGACAGACGCUGAGCUGCAGAUGCAGAUGGCAGUAAGCGGAGCCAACCUGCACAACGUUUUUAUGCUGUUGACCCUGGAACCCCUGCUGGCACAAAACCCGUUUCUCGUCCUGCACGUGCGGAGGGAUCACCUGGUCAGUGACGCGCUGCGUGAGCUCACCAUCUAUAAUGAUGUGGACUUAAAGAAGCCCCUAAAGGUGAUAUUUGACGGGGAGGAGGCAGUCGAUGCAGGAGGAGUCACUAAAGAGUUCUUCUUGCUGCUGCUGAAAGAGCUGAUGGAUCCAGUCUAUGGCAUGUUCACCCAUUACCCAGAAUCCAACCUGCUCUGGUUCUCUGAUAAAUGUUUUGUUGAACACAACUGGUUCCACUUGAUCGGGAUCGUCUGUGGCCUGGCUAUCUACAACUCCACCGUGGUGGACUUGCACUUCCCUCUUGUGCUCUACAAGAAGCUUCUAGACGUUCCUCCUGUGCUGGAUGACCUGAAGGAGCUGUCCCCUACCGAGGGCAGGAGUCUCCAGCAGCUGUUGGACUAUGAGGAGGAUGACUUAGAGGAUGCCUUCUGUCUCAACUUUGCUAUUAGCCGGGAGUAUUACGGGGUAACGGAGGUAAAGGACCUGGUCCCUGGAGGUGAAAACAAAACCGUGGACAAGUCCAACAGAGACGAGUUUGUGCAGGCCUAUCUGCACUAUGUGUUCACCGAGUCAGUACGAGAGCUGUACUCUGCGUUCGCCAGCGGUUUUCUGAAAGUGUGCGGAGGUCGAAUCCUCUCUCUGUUCCAGCCCUCUGAGCUCAUGGCUAUGGUAGUGGGCAACAGCAGCUACAACUGGGAGGAGCUGGAGAAGAACGCGAGCUACAAAGGCGAGUUCUCGGCCUCUCACCCCACAGUGCAGAUGUUUUGGGAGGUGUUCCACGAGUUUCCCUUGGAGAAAAAGAAACAGUUCUUACGGUUCCUCACAGGCAGCGACCGGAUCCCCAUCCACGGCAUGUCCAGCCUGCGCAUCAUCAUCCAGUCCACAUCGGCGGAUGAGCACUUCCUGCCCGUUGCUCACACCUGCUACAACCUGCUGGACCUGCCGUGCUACAGGAGCAAAGAGACGCUGCACUCAAGGCUCACACGUGCCGUCGAGCAGUACGAAGGCUUCAGCCUGGUGUGAGAGCCUCUUUCUUUCUCUCUCACACACACACACACACACACACUUGCACUUUCACCGGGGACGGAAGACGUCUGAUCCCCCACGCAGAGCGCCUCCGACAGUGCGAGUUUGACAGUAUACAGACUGAACUCUGAGCUCUGAUGGGAAUAAAUCUUUUAUUCGUGUUUUUUUUUUUUAAACUUUCAAAGAGUGUUAUUAUUUGGACCGCUUUUUACUUUCCUGUUCCUUUCCGAAUACCGGGGUCAGCGUCAGGAUCGUUAUUGGGCUCGGUGGACAAGUUUGCCGUUCUGAACAGAGACAGGAAAUAUUUUUGGUCGGAGUUUUUUUCCGACUUUCUUUUUCUUUUCUUUUUUUUGGCAUUUGUGCUUGGUAGAAAAGAAAGAACUCAAAAACCCCCCCCCCAGAUCCAAGUCCUUGUCCUCUGAGCUUUUCAGACCUGCUGCUGAAGUGACGGAGAACGGAACAAGCCAUUAUCCAGACGUGAAAGUCUAUUAACCGUCUCUGCUUCUUCGUAACUCGACCGGGGACUUCUUGCGGGUCCGUUUCCGAUUUUGCCUUUAAGACGAGCCACUAGCGAGGAACGCCUAGGAGGAAGCUUUUCUUUCUUCUCACUUUAGCGUGCAUGCAAGCGUGACCUCCAGAGGGAAAGCUGAGCCUGCUAAUGACUGUUUAGAGCCACGAUAAAUAUGUAUAUGGUUAAACCCAACAAUGUUAUUUAUGGUUAGCUGAAAAAAAGAACGAAAGCUGAGCGUUUGAAAGCCGCGUUGACUGACGGAGCUGAUUUUGUGUUGGAGGAAGGAGCUCCAGCAAUAAAUGGCUGAUGUGUGUGUGAAUAGUUUUGAUUCGAAUGCCUGCCUAUGCACAACAGAGCCGAACGCUGGUCCCGUGCAUGUCCAGUCUCCAGGGCGGAGUUUCCUGCUCCAACACUCCAGCGAUCAGAGUCCUUUAAUGUCCUGAGCAGUCACUCGUAUUGCGUACUGGACAUUUUAGCCAAGUAGUAGUAGAAGCAACACGAGGAAGAAAGGAAAUGUGAUACAUUUCGUACCCUCAGGUAACGACGUGGAAGGCGGAGCUUCCACAGGACGUACAGCACGAACGAAACUAAAUAUCCGACACAAAAUCUCAAAUCAAACGUAAUAGAUUUUAAAACAAGAGGUUUAUCCAACUGAACCGUGUCUCUGGUUUAUCAGGGGUGGAGUUUAAUCUACAUUUAAUCAGCCAAUUGCACGUUCAUGACUCAGUGAAGCUCCGCCCACUUUGGGUGCUUUUACCACAAUGAUUGACAAAUUAAGGAUGUUGUCCUGUCGUGAUUAGAGUGUUGGAGCAGGAUGUCAGAGUCCCGUGCUGGACUGGAGGUGUACCGCACCACCGCUGCUCUCUUAUAUAAACCUUUUUUCUUUCUUUUUUUUUUCUUUCUUUGUUUGCAUCUAAAUUUGA